CACCUAUCUCAACUAGAAAUAUAUAUUUCUAAAAAUGGCUUCAAAAUUUUCAUCAUACAUCAUUUUCAUGACAAUUAACAUCAUCUUCUUCACUUUGACGAUGGCGAGCUGCCCAACAGACACUAGCAAGUUCUCCCCUUGCGUUGGUCUUUUCAAGGACCAAUUUGACUUCAAUUCGUUAUUACUGCCUUGUUGCUCUCUCGUCCAGAGAUGUCUCUGCAACCAAACCGCUAUAGAUGCUUUUGCUUCAAGGGUUGGCUCUUUCGUGACAAUUCAAAAUGUUUGUAUCCGCUACGUCUCUUUAAUACCCAAGUGCGAAUGAUAUACUUGUACGAUUGUACCUCUUCCGAAUGAUUAAUAAGUUUAACAUGUACUGCAUUUUUAUGUUUUCUUCUUUUAUUAUGUCUCUUUGAAUUCUCCUAAUUUCAGUUGUUAAUCGAAUAAAAGUUUCUUCUUAUUAUUAAGUUUUA